AUGAAACACCCAAUUUUUGCUCUGUUCUUUGCGUUGGUUAUAAUUAAUAAUGCCAUUCCGCAUGGAUUAAGUAAACGAUCUACCGAAUUUUAUCCAUGUAGUUUGGAUGGUCCUCAAACACUACCUCUCAACGUAACCAUGUCACCUGACCCCAUGGUUUCUGGCCAAGAUACCACUUUCAUCAUUUCCGGAACUGCGAAAACUGACACUACCAUCAAAGCUAGUGUUGCAAUAUAUAUUUAUACCAACACUAGCUCUGUUGGAUCUUACGAAGACCGCUUAUGUAACGUCAAUAAAUCAUGUCCCAUGAAAGACGCUGCGUUUAAAUUCCCAUACACAAUUAAGCCGGAAAGUUUGCCUGCAGAUUAUUACAUCGCUGCGUGGAUACAAACAAAGAUCUACCAAUAUUGCGCUAAGACGCACCAGCUAUCAUCAAAGUAA